GGGCAACUGAGAUACCUUUCCGGUUGUCUUGUGAUUAUAUGUGGGCAACUAUCUUACUACAUUAUGUAAUAAAAACUCUUGCAGAUUUGGUCAACGAGUACUGAUACAGUUCGAGGAUUUCGCCAACCUGAAUGCUUAUCGACUUCUGGAUAAAUUCCGUAAUCAGUACUGCACGUUCAAUGAUGACAUACAAGGAACAGCAUCAGUUGUGGUUGCCGGUUUAUUGUCGUGCAAUAAAAUACAGGAAAGAAAAAUGUCCGAUCAAACAUUUGUAUUCUUGGGUGCCGGCGCUGUAAUUCAAAAAGUGAAACCAACGGGUAUAAUUGGCGUAUCGACCGUGCGCGGUGCAUUUUCGGAGGAAGUAAUCAGGGAGAUGUCGCAAAUCAAUCAACAGCCGAUCAUUUUUGCCCUCUCAAAUCCCACCGAAAAAUCAGAAUGCACAGCGGAAGAGGCAUACAAAUACUCCAAUGGUCAAGCGCUAUUCGCUAGUGGAAGUCCGUUCCCGAAUCUACGACUAAAUGGUAAACUGUACAAGCCAGGACAGGGUAACAAUUCCUACAUAUUUCCUGGUGUUGCACUGGGUAUUAUACUGUUCCAAGUGCGUCAUAUCGAAGAUGAGUUAUUCCUCAUCGCUGCCAGAGUCAUCCAAAUGCCUGUUGACGUUAUUAUUGAGAUAUGGGGUGGAUUAGCCUUCCUGGAAGAAAACAUUUAAUC